AAUUCUACCGAACGACGGCCUAAAAACCCGAAAAACCCAUUAGUUUGAAAAAAUGUGACUUUCGUGAAAAAAUUCAGCGGGUUGCCUCGAAUGACUUAUGAAGAACAAAAAAUGCAGUCUUAAGCUCGCGCCACCCUGUAAAAAUAGCUUAUAAAAUGAGAACAUUCCCUUGGAAUGUUUAAAGCACCCGCCUUUAUGUCAUAUCGUUUAGAAAUGCGUGUAAUCCACUCUCCGGCACAUUUUGAUCGAGCAAAGUGUGUUAAUUUUCCCCAUUUUCACUUCGAAUCGGACCAAAAACCCGCAUCGAUUGAGUUCAAUGUGGACAAACCCCGAUCCUCUGUGAAGUCGAUGUGGAACUUGGGUCCGAGGUUUUGUACUGCCAGAUGGGCAUAUAGUAGGGUUCUAAAUGGUCCAUUGUAAAAUUCACAUUGUUAUAUAGAUAUGACAAAAUGUAUAUGAAAUCCUAAUUUGUACAGGUAGUUUAACUUGUGUGUUAAUAAAUCGCUUUUGACUUAAACUGUCGGUUGAUUAACAAUCUGCUAUUGAUCAAAUACCUGCUUAGUGACCAGAAAUCGAGAGGGUAAAAUGCAAUGAACAGUGACAAAAAGUUCAGUGUCAUUUAAUAUUUAGCAAGAAAUGGAAAAAUUGAAGACGAAAAAGAAAAAAUCCCGCUUAUUCGACAGGGUGACUCACUUGUACCUACAAGAAAAACACCUAAGGAAAAUUCCGAAAAUCGCCAGUGGUCAAGACGUCCAAACCCUCUAUCUGUACGACAACGAUAUAACAAAAAUGGAAAACCUUGAAAGUCUUUCCAGCCUGACCAGCUUGUACUUGCAAAACAACCAAAUUGAUAAAAUGGAAAACAUGUGCAACUUGCGCCGGUUAAAAAAGCUCUAUUUGGGCAAAAACCGCAUUCGUGUUCUAGAGGGAAUUGAGUGUAUUGAAGGUUUGGAAGAGUUGCACGUAGAAAAACAAAACUCACCAGAUAAUGCCCCACUGUGUUUCGAUCCCAGGACAAUAAUGAGUUUAACUGAAACCCUGCUGGUGCUCAAUAUUUCCCAUAACAAAAUCGCCUCUCUAAGGUUUCUGUCGCCGUUAAAAAACCUGAUGGUAAUUGAUGCCUCUUUUAACGACCUGGAUGAUAUGCGAGACGCGUGCCAAACUGUAAGAAAUUGGCUCUAUUUGCGCGAAGCCAAACUAAAUGGAAACCCGAUCAGUAAACAGCAUCGUUAUAGAGAGGAGAUUAUUGCCAAUGCUCAACGUCUCGAGACUUUGGACAAUAAAAGCAUUUCGGAACUGAGCAGAACAUUUAUUCAGAGAUUUGAAGAAGGGAAACUGAUGUGCGGACCGAAACCCAGCAUAAAUAUUGCUGAUGUCGUUCCAGGUCUGCCCAGCAACUACCCCAAGAGCUUGCAAAAGGCCGCUUCUGCUUCAAUAAUUCGGGAAAUUAGAUGCAGACAAUUGACCGAUUUAUCGGCCUUUGAUGACGCUGAGCCGGUUUACUUAUCAUGGAAUCAUUUGCCGAAACGCCGGCCAUUAACCAAAGCAAGUCAUUCGGUUCUACGGGGGCACAAAAUGGAAAGUCAUAAAAACAUGGUGAUCAGCAAAACUACUAUUAAAUCUCGAAAACCGUAAUUUUGGUAUUUUUAAUGCGACUGAGCAUUUAAUCCACUGCAAAGUAAUUAAAAAUUGAUUUUCACUGAA